GCCUCUGCCUUCCAGAGAGACGGGGCCGGGCCCGGGGCCCUCCCUCCUUCGUUCGGCCAUGGCUCCGCGCGUGUCGCCGAUGUUGCUGCUGCUGCUGCUGCUCUGCUGCGGGGACGCCUCGGGGACGCCAGAGCUGCGCCGCCCGCCUGCCCGCAUCGGGGUGAUCGGAGCCGGCAUUGGGGGCACCUCGGCGGCGUAUUUCCUGCGCCAGAAGUUCGGCCCCGAGGUGCGGAUCGACGUCUUCGAGAGGGGAGAGGUGGGGGGCCGCCUGGCCACCGUCCGGCUGGAAGGCCGGGACUACGAGGCGGGCGGCGCCGUCCUGCACCCACUCAACCUGCACAUGAAGCAGUUCGUCAAAGAACUGGGGCUUUCUGUUCUUCAGAGUCAAGAUGGACUCCUAGGCAUUUACAGUGGGGAGGAAUUUGUCUUUGAGGAGAGCAGCUGGUAUGUCUGGACUCUUCUGAAGCUCUUCUGGCGUUAUGGACUGAACCCCCUGCGAAGCUACAUGUGGGUGGAGGAAGUCCUGGAAAAGUUUAUGAGGGUCUAUCGGUACCAGUCCCGCGACUAUGCCUUCAGCAGCCCUGAGCAUCUGCUCCAGGCCCUUGGAGGGGCCAGUUUUCUUCGCAUGCUGAACCAGACCAUCGAUGAGUCCCUGCAAAAGGCCAGAUUUUCUCAGGCAUUCAUCAACGAGAUGGUAACCCCUAUCAUGCGAGUCAACUAUGGGCAAAGUGCCAGCAUUAACAGCUUCGUAGGAGCUGUAUCUUUGGCUGGAGCAAGUGGAGGACUUUGGUCGGUAGAGGGUGGUAAUAAAUUGGUGUGUACAGGCCUUCUAUAUGCUUCCAAAGCCCAGCUGAUUUCUGGUCCUGUUAUCUCCAUAGAAGAAAAAACAAGGCUGAAGGGUCGUUCAGGUGGUCUGACAAAGCAGUAUGAGGUUACCUACAACUCUACAUCUGGAGUAACAUCAGAUGCCUACGACAUCCUACUCAUCGCUACUCCCUUGCAACGCAAAAUUGCCAACAUAACUUUCCACAACUUCAGCCCACAGAUCCCCGAGUUCCCUGCUUCCUACCACCAGACGGUGGCAACAUUUGUCCGUGGGCACAUCAAUGCUUCUUUUUUUGGCUACCAGGAUCCUUCUCCAUUCCACCUGAAGACCAUUUUCACGAUGGAAGACCCUCAUCUAUUCAUCAACAGCCUUGGUAUGGUUUCUCCGGUUCAAGGCAACCUGAGCCCUCCUGUCUGGAAACUGUUCUCCCGUCAGCUGCUGACCAACGAGCAACUGAAACUGCUCUUCUCAUCCUAUGAUUUGGUGGAAGUACGGAUAUGGUUGGCCUACCCACACUACAGCCCCCCCGAGAAGUGCCCACCUUUCAUUCUCCACGACCACAUGUAUUACGUCAACGCCAUAGAAUGGGCAGCCAGCGCCAUGGAAAUGAGUGCCAUCUCUGCAAAAAAUGUGGCCCUCUUGGCUCACCAUCAUUGGUACAGUAAGAUGAAUAUGAUUGAUCAAGAGAACUUGCACGAGCGACUCAAGACGGAGCUUUGAUUUGGCAUCCCAAGGAUUGGGGGGAGGCCUCAAAGGGUGUGGGGAACUUGCAACGUACCUUGGGUAUUGGGUAUGAGUGCGCAAAAUGUCUGGACUUUGAAAUGCUCCAUUUGAAGCCCAAAAUGUUAAGCUUCAGAUGUCUUCCCUUGGCAGUAACUAGAGCCAUUUUAAGCUCAGAACAUUCCUACAAGGGCGUGAGAUAAAGCUUUUGAAAAUAUGUUUCAAGCUUGAAACAGUUUGCAACCAUCACUGUUGAACCUACUUUGCUACUCCAAGAAAAUAGGCUUAAAGGGAAUUCUUGGCAAUAGCCUUUUAAAAACUACUGUAUCUUCUGGAUUUCUUUGGCAAAUCUCAUUACUUGCUAUAAGUAAUUCUUUGGGGCGCAAGAAAAACCUUGAAUAAAAAGUCUUUUGGCUGACAACUGA